CAAUAGACAGAAUUCGCUUUCUUUUCCUUCCCUUUCCUCCUCAAUUUUCUUAGUAAACAAACAGCAAGAAAUUUCUUCUUCCUUUUUUUCUUUGAGAUAUUCACACUUUCUAGUAGUGAGCAGCUUUGGCCCGUGAUUUGAUCAUGAAUCGAGUCUUCAUGACAAAUGAAGCUUUAUGUUUUGGGUUAGUAAGGGCAUUUCCGCUCUAUAUAUUAAUAGGCCAGGCUUUGCCUCAGUUUCCUUAGGAAAACAAUUAGACACAUAACAUACGGUGCAUGCGUAUGCACAUAUGGCCUUUCAAUAUGGAAUGCUUAUGCAACUUUCAAUAAUGUUGCUAGCACUACUUGUAGCAACAACAAGAGCAAGCGCAAGACAAGGAGGAGAAGAAGAUGAAACAGCUAUAGCCCUGCCUGGUUGCAAAGCCAAAUGUGGUAAUGUCACAAUUCCAUACCCAUUUGGCAUUGGUGACGGUUGUUACUUUCGACACGAAUUCAACAUCACCUGCAAUGGGUCAAAUCCCCAAUUGAUGACAACCCCUAUGAUUGUCACCAACAUAUCCCUUGAAGAAGGCGAGCUGCAAACAAGGCAGUUAGUAAAUAGAGAUUGUUAUGACCGCCAAGGCAAGCCAAACGACAUCGAAGACCCAAGCGAGGGCGGGCUCAGGGUGUAUACUCCUUACACCGCCUCUAGUUACAAAAACAGGAUGUAUGUGAUUGGUUGUGACACGUACGCGAAACUUUAUGGUAGCCGGGGCUAUCAAAACUACAUAACAGGCUGCAUCUCCGAAUGUGAUUAUGAUAUUAGUAUCAACGCCUUUGAUGAGGACGACCCUUGCUCUGGCAUGGGGUGUUGCGAAACGAAGAUCCCCCCUUUGCUGACCAACCUGUCUGUGACGGUGGGAAGCUUUAAAAACCAUACGCUUGUAUGGGACUUUAACCCCUGCGGCUACGCCUUCGUUGUGCAAAAGGGCAACUUCACAUUCAGCAAUACAAGUUUUCAAGAACUCAGAAAUACACCCCGGCUUCCCCUGAUUCUUGAUUGGCAAAUUGGGGAGACGGACUGUAAAUAUGCAAUGGAGAACGGCACUUAUGCAUGCAAGGGAAACAGUAUCUGCUUAGACAGGCCUACAGGUUACAUUUGCGUCUGCAAUCCAGGCUUCCGAGGGAACCCAUACCUCCAUGAUUGCCAAGAUACUAAUGAGUGCGCUUUGAAUGCGACCCUCUGUGAGAAUGGGAAGUGCAUAAAUAAAGAUGGAAAUUACACUUGUGAUUGUGAUAGUGGCUACCAAAUCGUGGACAAUAUUAAGUGCAUCAAAGUUCCCGAUCCAAAAAAAUACUUGAAAAUUUCGCUGGGUGCGUCUUUGGGCUUCCUUGUCUUACUGGUUGGAAUUUUUUGGACCUUUCGCAACAUGAGGGAAAAAAAGUUCCUUGUAAUAAGAAAAAAAUACUUUGAAGAUAAUGGUGGCUUACUCUUUAGGGAGAAACUAGCUAGUAUUCCUCGAUAUGCAGCCAAAACCUUUACUGAAGAACAACUUAAGGAGGCCACAGACAAUUAUCAUGUAAGUAGAAAAGUUGGUGAAGGAGGCUAUGGAAUUGUUUACAAAGGAUUACUAGAUAAACAAUUGGUUGCCAUAAAGAAGCCAAAACCUAAUCCCCAAAUUCCCGCGACAGAGCCAUCUGUUCAAGAGAUGAUUGUUCUUUCUCAAAUCAACCAUAAAAAUGUUGUGAGACUCGUAGGUUGUUGUUUUGAGACCCGAACACCAAUACUGGUUUACGAGUUCAUGGGCAAGGGCACUCUUUAUGAGCGUAUUCAUCCAGAAAACCCAGAAAACCCAGAAAACCCAAAGAACCCACCACUUUCAUUGGAAUUACGAUUGCAGAUAGCAUCAGAAGCAGCAGACGCACUAGCAUACUUGCACCACUCCACUUCCACGUCAAUCAUACACGGAGAUGUGAAAACAGCUAGUAUACUAUUAGAUGAGAAUUUUACAGCAAAAUUGUCGGAUUUUGGAGCUUCAAUACUGGUUUCUGAGGAUGAGAAUCAACUAUCAACUUCAUGUCAAGGGACGCAAGGAUACUUAGACCCUGAAAACACACUAACAAAAAAGAGUGACGUCUAUAGCUUUGGAGUUGUGCUAGCGGAGCUACUCACGAGCAGUAAGCCCGAGGAAGAGAGAAACCUAGUAAAUGUCUUUGUUUCCAAGGUGGAAAGUGGAGUCUUGGCUGAAAUUCUUGAUCAAAAAAUGGUGGAGGGACAUUUUGAAACAGCAAAAUUGGCAGCAGAUCUGGCAAUAAGAUGCUUAAAGGAAAAAAGAGAGGAAAACUCACCAAAAAAAAGAAAAAAAAGAGAGGAAAGGCCAUCCAUGAAAGAAGUAGCCGCGGAGCUCGAAGGAUUAGUGCGAACCAUGGAACAACAUCCAAGUCGAGGCUAAUAUCACUCCAUCUCCCGAUACCGGCAACUUGGUUGGGCCAUCUGCUUCAACUCGGUUGGGUGACGAUGAUGGUGAUGAUGGUGAUGGUGGUGGUUCAGUGGUAUUAUAACCAGUGUAGAUAGCAGCAUUAUGCAAAUAACGCCUCAUGGAGAUGGGCUAUAAUUGGGUGACAUUUUAUGUGAUGUUUAAUUAUUAUCUGUUGCAACUUUUUUGUGUGCUUACAGAACUUUUUGUGUGAUGUUUAAUUAUUAUCUGCGAGUGGCUCGUGAAAUAAAGUAAGUUAAUAUAUUGUAGUACUGUGGGUUGUAAAGUAAAUGUAUAUGGUCUACUUGUUAUCUAUUGUAAUUUUUUCAUAUGUGAUCAGAUUUAUAGA